AUAUGUGUGCAAAGGGCGGAGCAGUGGCCAUAGUGGAAAACUGGGGUGGGGUGGUGACAAGGGCCAGAGGUUAACCCGACUUUGUACACAGGAAGUAGGGACCCUGUGAAGUGCAGCGAUGGGAUCAGGUUUCAGGACACCUGAACCCAUGAGGAUGCUGGCGCCCUGGCCCAGGUUGGUUUGGGGAGGAGAAAAGACUGACCUGGACUUUAUGACCCUGCUCCUGGGUGGCGCUGGACAGUGGACUUCUGACCCAGGGACUGGCUGCCCUGACCUCGGGCUCUUCCUGUCUCAGCGGCACUGUCACUGCCACCAUGCCACCCCCCAUGAUUGUACUCUUUAUUACUGUCCUCCUGACAGCUAACUCCCUGAGCCAGCGCUCUCGCAGACCCCAAGGGUCCCCCUCCCCCAUUGAGUCCAUCCGGCCCAAGGCCAACUUUGAUCUCCAGCAGUUUGCAGGGAAAUGGCUCCUGGUGGCCGUGGCCUCCUCCUGCCGCUUCCUGCAGGAGCAGGGACACAGGACUGAGGCCACCACACUGCAGGUGGCUCCCCAGGGCAAAGCCAUGGUGGUCAGCACCUUCCGCAAGCUGGAUGGCAUCUGCUGGGAGGUGAGGCAGCGACACGAAGGCACUGGGGCGCCAGGCCGCUUCUUGCUCCAAGCCCGAGGUGCCCUUGGGGUGGUGGACGUGGUGGUGGAAGACACAGACUACAGGAGCUUUGCCAUCCUGUACCUCCAGCGGGCGCGGCGACUGUCGGUGAAGUUGUAUGCCCGCUUGCUCCCUGUGGAUGACUCGGUCCUAGAUGCCUUUGAACAGCGUGUCCAGCGUGCCAACCUGACUCAGGACCAUAUCCUGUUCUUUCCCAAAUAUGGUUUCUGUGACACCACUGACCAGUUCCACAUCCUGGAUGAAACGAAGUAGUCGCUGAGUGACUUGCCUGCCUGCCACAAGAAGAAGACCAGAGGUGGGGUACCCGCUACCUCCUGGGAGCCCUGAGUGGCCAGCUCAUUCCACAGAGAAGCCUUGCCUCCAGCCCCAAUCUUGCUGCCUCACCCACCCUUGAGUGGAUCUCACCACCACCAAUUAAACAGUAAACACUG